CUGCAAUUCGUUGGAAAAGUUUUUCUUGAUUCCACAGCAUAACUUAAAAAAGCCAACGAAUAUUGCAUUUGCAAGAACUGAAGUCUUCCUCAUCUCUAUCCAUCUCCUCUUCACUUAAUCCAAGAAAAAUGGGAACUGGAGAACCGGCUGCGACGAAAGAGCAAGAUUUUGACAGAUUGAGUGAGCUGAAAGCCUUCGAUGAAAUGAAAGCUGGUGUCAAGGGGCUGGUCGACGCUGGGAUCACUAAGGUCCCUCGUAUAUUCUAUUCGCAGACAGAUGGGUUCGACAGGGCCCCUGCCGAUGAUUUUGCUAUCCCGCUGAUAGACAUUGAUGCUGUCGAGAAAAACCCGAGCCUGCGCACAAGUGUGGUCGACAGGGUGAGGGAUGCGUCGGGGAAAUGGGGGUUCUUCCAGGUGGUUAAUCAUGGGAUUCCAGGCAGCGUUUUGGAGGAAAUGCUGGAAGGUGUCAGGAGAUUCUACGAGCAAGAUGCUGAGGUCAAGAAACAAUGGUACACCAGGGAUGGCUUGAAAACGGUGGUCUACAACAGUAAUUAUAAUCUUUACGCGGCCGAAUCAGUUGACUGGAGAGACACCACUUACAUCUGCAUGGCUCCUACGCCUCCUGAUCCGGAGGAUUUGCCCCUGGAAUGCAGAGACAUCAUUGUUGAAUACUCCAAGCAAGUAACAAAAUUAGGUCGAUAUUUAUUCGAGUUACUAUCUGAGGCUCUUAAUCUCAACCCAAACCAUCUGAAAAACAUUGGCUGUGCUGAUGGGCUCGGCGUUUUGUACCACUACUAUCCACCGUGCCCGGAGCCAGAACUCACCUUAGGUGCAAGCGCUCAUACCGACAUCGACUUCCUGACCGUUCUACUCCAAGACCACAUUGGAGGGCUCCAAGUUCUUUACAACAACCAAUGGUUUGACAUUCCUCCUGUGCCUGGAGCGCUGGUGGUCAACAUUGGAGACCUUUUACAGCUGGUAUCAAACGACAAUUUCAAGAGCGGACUACAUAGAGUGCUGGCAAGCCCGGCUGGUCCAAGGUUAUCGGUCGCGUGUUUCUUUACUACCGGUUUGAUCCCAUCACCAAAAGUGUAUGGACCUAUUAAAGAGUUGUUGUCCGAUGAUAAUCCUCCCAAGUACAGGGAAACCACAGUCAGAGAAUACUCGCUGCACUACAACACGAAAAAGGAUCACGAAGCUUCAGCUUUGUUAGACUUUUUAGUCUAAGAAAUUGGAAUAUUCCUAGAAAUGACAGCCCGACCCUACGGACUAAGCAAUCACAAGCAUUCAUGUGAUGAGAAUCUAACCAAAUGUGGUUCAACAAAUACAUGGAUGAUUAUAAUUGUGUCUGGUUGAGGUUGUAAUAAUUCCUAUGUUUACUGAUGCUUUUUCAUAGUUAUUAUGCUUUGCUGUGAAUUAAUAAAGGGAUGAAACCAGGCUUUGCAGUGUAUUUGUACAGUCCAACUCCCAGAGUUACUAUGAUCGACAACUAUUUCUUGGCAUCCCACAAUGCUGCAUAUCAAGAAAUCUGCUUGCGACAUUUAUCAUUUUCUCCAAAUUAAUCUCUCUUAAGUGUGCCAUGAUUAACUGCUGAAGAAAAUUGAGC